AGAGGAAGCAGGCGGAGUUCCGCACACCUUCGUUUCUCCACAAGAAUAAAAGUGAAAGUUUUUCAGACACCAUGAACGGAUCAGCACACAGCGAACCUGAGGUUGUAGAUAUUAAUCUCAAAAGAGGCCCUGCUGCAGGGACGUCAAGAACACUUAUAGGUCUGGGGUUUAAUAUAGUGGGUGGAGUGGACCAGCAGUAUAUAAUGAAUGACAGUGGAAUCUACGUGGCAAAAAUCAAAGAAAACGGAGCGGCUGCAUUGGAUGGACGUCUACAGGAAGGAGACAAAAUUAUUGCGAUAAAUGGGCGAAAGUUGGAGAAUUUGUCUCAUGGUGCAGCAGUGGAUCUGUUUCGGACUGCAGGAGAGGAUGUGCAGCUCCGUGUACAGCAGCGAUGUCUCUCCCAGCAGAACGGCCCCUUGGGGUCUCAUAGUGAUGGUGAUUCUUCAUCAUCUCUCAACACAAUCAUCACUGUCGCCGCCCUAGUAGCAGUAAUAGCAACGGGUUUCAUCAUGUACAAACGGUGGAGUCUCCGGGCGCCCCGGAGCCCCUUUUAACCCAUCACGUUUUACAGACUUUACAGACAGCUUUUUUUGAACCUUCUGCUGAAGGCCCAAACAUUAAUGGGGAGAGGAAAUAGAAACCCGGUUAAUGAAAGCAGAAGUACACAUGCAGAUUUUCUUUAAUUAUUUGUGCCAUUGUUAUGAUGACCGAAGUAGCUGUACGUGUUUUUGUUUGGUUCGAUGAUAAUCAUUUACCUGGAUUAUCAGCCAUUAUGUAUCUUACUGAAGACAUUGCAUGGUGGAGUGAGAUCAUUAUUUGAAGGAACAGGUAUGAGCAUGGCGUUGGGUUCAACCGCAUCUUCAUAAUCUGGGCUGAAAAGAGACCAAAGAGAGGAAGAAGAUUGAGACCAAAGUGGAGCUGUGUUUGGGAAAAGAAAGGACCACAGAUGAGUUUUUGUUUUAUUUUAUACAUCCAGCUGCUCCCAUAGACUGGAAUGAGCCUGAGGUGUACUAUUAGACUAUUAAAGGUCUUCUGAGGUACCAGCUUGUGCAAGAUUAUGAAAGUAUAAAGUUGGAUACAUGAUGUGGGUUGACUUGAUAGUUUCUCACUCGCCCAUCCACGUUUCAACAUGUAGGAUGUGUUGUGUGACUGCAGGGAGGUGGCAUGAGUUGCUUGGCCCUGAAUGUGCUGUGUGUCCUUAACGUUCCUCCCUCAGGGGAAUAUCUAAAGGUGGCACUUGUUAGAAUUCACAAUCAAAAUGAAAAUGUUGAUAUUGUACACAUACACUAACGUUUUUGGAGCUAUAAUUUGAACCACUCAUGUUCGUGCCUUGCUACGUUGAGCUGCUGGUCUCAGUGCUGCCCCCUGUAUGCAGGUAAUUGUUAGGGGCUUUAGCUCUGUGCUUUUUGUCUGUAGGAUCUAUUCAUUAACUGACACGUGUAUGUAUUUGUGUCCUCAUGCCAGUCCUUCUGCAAAUCUGUGUGAAUGAAAAACAUGAAAUUCUCAUUCACAAAGUUAACUUGAAAUAAUGUUAGAUUCACAUUCAUCAUGCCUUAAAUAAAAAUCAGUUUAAGAAAAUCAA